GGGUUUAAUUGUUUACGACUAUUUUAGUAUAACAGGUUUGAACAUGACAAAGUCCAAAUUAUCAUGUUUUGUCACUCAAGGUGAACUACUGAUACUGUUGUAUAUGCUGUAAUUUGGCAAGAAGAUAUUUUAUUAAGAUUUUAUAUCAUUAGAAUUGCGUUCCUGUUGAAACAUGCGAAGGUCUUUGGCACUUUUCCUGUGGCUUUUAAUGGUGUAUUUUAUCAGUGGCUUAAUUGUCAAUAUUCUUCAAGUCUGUUUGUUGCCACUAUGGUACAUUUCCCGUAAUCAUUUUAGACGGAUCAACGCUGUUCUUUGCUAUUCCCACUGGUCAAUGUUGACCUUUGCUGGCGAAUGGUGGGGUGAAUUAGAUAUUAAAUUUUAUGGAAAGAAAGAAGAUUAUGAUUUGAUAGGAAAGGAACAUUGUCUUGUCUUACCUAAUCAUCGCAGUGAUAUUGACUGGAUGAUUGGAUGGAUUCUCUGUGAACGUACAGGGAUAUUAGGGGGUGCAAAAUGUUACAUGAAGUAUUAUCUAAAAUACUUGCCUGUGAUUGGUUGGAUGUGGUGGUGUGCCGAAUAUGUGUUUCUGAAACGAAACUGGAACGCUGAUUUUCCCAUGUUGAAGAGAAGUUUGGAUGAGCUCAAGGAUUAUCCAAUCCCUAUGUUUCUUGGCAUAUUCCCGGAGGGAACACGAUUUACCGAAGCUAAACAUGAAAAUAGUUUACAGUUUUCAAGAUCGCGUGGUUUACCUGAGCUAAAGCAUCAUCUCUUCCCGAGAACGAAAGGCGUCAUUAUCACUUUGAAAUGUCUUAAAGAUACAUUACCUGCUGUUUAUGACAUCGAGUCAGCUUAUCCAGGGGACUGUAAACCAACAAUGAAACAUUUGUUGAAAGGCGGGAAAUGCGAAGUUCAUUUUUAUCUUAGACGUAUACCCAUUGAAGAAAUACCAUGUAAUUCUGAUGAUGAAAUUUCAAAGUGGUGUACCCAGUUAUUUGUAGAGAAGGAUGCAAUCAUGUCGGACUUUGUAAAGAAUGGGAAAUUCGCUGGAAAUCGCGUAAAUUUACCGAGGAGACAGAAAAAUCUUUACUUUGUCAUAUUCUGGAACUUACUACUAUCUGCUCCAAUUCUCUAUACUUUAUACUCAUUAUUGGUGUCGCGUUUAGUUGUCUCGAUACCAGUUGUUGGAGCUCUACUGCUUAUAGGUUAUGUGGCUUUCCGGAUAUUGGUGCAUUUUACCGACUCUAAAAAGGGAAGCAAAUUUGGACUUAAACAAAAUAGUAAAGUUCAGAAAGAAGAGAGAAAUGGACUCCAUGAUGACGGUGUGAAACAGGACUAGAGGAUCGUCAGUCUUGACGUUUUUUGAGGGUGUCUGAAUGCGAUUUAUAGCCGUUGGUUGGAAUCUUGCUGCCCGUAUUCUAGUCAUGGAGCGUGCAGGAGGUGUUCUGUUAUUAUUGACUGUAUAACUGUUAGUCUUUUCAACAACCAUCGUCUUGUAUUUAUAAUAGUCUGUUAUACUAAUACUCUUUUUAAACGUGGUUUGACUAGUUCGGAAAAAAGAACACAAGUCACAUCAUAACUGUUAUAAAACAUUUUUUAAGCGCAUGAUAUGAGUAUUCCACCAGUAUAUUUAAUUAUUAUCAUUCUUCAGAUUCUGUAAAUCCAACAAAAUACAAGACAAACUCCCCAUC